AGUUAAAUUUCGCAAUUUCCCAAUUUUCUUACUUGGGAAAUGACUCGAGAAAUAAACCAAAUGAAGUAAAUGCUAAGAAAAAUAGAAUAACUGGCCAUGCAGCUCAAAAUUGGUGCCUCUUAAGAUUGUUUCCAAUUUUAUUUGGUCCAUACAUGAAUAAUUAUGAUGAUAAAGUAUGGCAAUUAUGUCUUCUUUUACGUUCAAUCACGGAAAUAGUUUGUGCACCACAAAUUAACAAAGGUCAAAUUGUUUAUUUACAAUCAGCUAUUGAAGAGUAUUUAUUUACAAGAGCUCAACUUUUUCCCUCUGUUCCUCUUAGACCCAAACAUCAUUAUUUGGCCCAUUAUCCAACUCUUAUUGUAAAAUUUGGUCCUUUAAUAAGAUCAUGGACUCUUCGCUUUGAAAGCAAACAUAGCUAUUUUAAAAGAUGUGCUAGACAGUCCAGAAAUUUCAAAAAUAUCUGCUCAACUCUGGCAAAUAGGCAUCAAUUAUUGCAAACAUACAUCCACACAGAUAAUUCAGUCUUUACAGAUUUAGAUAUAAAAAAUUACAAUGAAUUUCAUGUAGAAUUGUAUUCAGAAAAUUUAAGAAAGAUUAUUCCCUCCAACUUAUUCGAUAAAACAAAUACUGUUAUUACCUAUGACUUAAGCAUUAAGGGCACAGAUUACAAAAAGGGUAGUUUUUUACCAAUAUCUGAAGAUUGUGAGAUUUCUUUUUGUGAAAUUUUGAUGAUCUUGAUUAAAAAUAAUAACGAAGUAUUCUUUGUUGUGCAGAAUUUUGAAACAACAUUUAUCAGUCAGUUAGGUGUUUACGAAAUAAGUUCCAAAAACAAAGAGUUUUUUCUUAUUAGUAAAACUGACUUGAUUGAUUAUUAUCCAUUACAGGCAUAUGAAAUUGGUGGCUCACGUUAUAUAUGUUUACAUCAUGCUAUUGAAAGUUCAUAGAUUCUUAUUUAUUUAGUUAUUAUUUAUGUUAUUAGUAUUUUUAUCUGCAUGCUGCGUAAGUUCGGGUCAGUCAAAUCAAAAAAGUCCUCUAUGAAGGUACAACUGUUGCUAAUUAUAGUAAGACAGUUGAGAGUUUAAAUAAAAAGUAAUGAUAAAUAGUCCAUCAAGGGAAUAUUUCAAACAAUUAAUUGUGAGAAUAUCACUCAACCCUUCUGUAACUUUCAGACACUGAAUCUGGCAACGCCACCGCUGAGACUCAUCUGAUCAGUCUGUUUACAAACACCGCGUCGUUCAGACGCUCGUGUCAUUCAUUCGUAAUUUCCAUUUUAUUCUUAUUUACAUCAAAUAAAUAUUUUUAGUUGAUAUCUGUUUCCUACGUAUCAUUGCUCAAAAUAAGCUCUCGCUAACAGUAAUUUUACCAAAAAUGCAUUCAAAAAGAAAAGAAGAAAUUGAUCAUUACUUUCUUCAGCUACAUAUAUA